UCGGAGCCGCUGUGUCCCCGGUCUGGCACGUUCCUAGCCAAAUUCUCCACGGUGUAAAAUUGGAUCCCCCCUUUUUCACAAAACCAAAAAUUAUCCCCUCUUCAAUCCCCUGCAACCGCUUACACGUUUCCAGCUUAACACACAUCUCCAAAUCUCCAGCAGACACCUCUGAAGAUGGCGGUGGUAAGCGGGACGUCGGGGUCGGCUGUAGCCCGGCUGGAGGGCCGAGAAUUCGAGUAUCUGAUGAAGAAAAGGUCGGUGACCAUCGGCCGGAACUCCUCGCAGGGUUCGGUGGACGUCAGCAUGGGACACUCAAGCUUCAUCUCCCGGCGGCACCUCGAAAUAUUCACCGCGGGAGAAGAUGGCACCGGCACGGGAGAAUUUUACCUCCGCUGCCUUGGGAAAAACGGGGUGUUUGUUGACGGGGUAUUCCAGAGAAGAGGGGCUCCACCUCUCCAGCUCCCACGAAUGUGUUGUUUCCGGUUCCCCAGCACAAGUAUAAAGAUCACGUUCACUGCCCUGUCCAGUGACAAGAAGGAGCCAAGGAACGUGCCGGAAUCACCGGUCAAGCCAGUCCAACCCCAAAUUUCCCCACUGACCAUCAACAUUCCUGACAACAUCGCCCACCUCAUGAGCCCACUGCCUUCACCUACUGGCACCAUCAGUGCUGCAAACUCCUGUCCAUCAAGUCCGCGGGGGGCGGGGCUCUCCAGCUACAGGACAAGCCGUGUUCUGGCUUCUGACCUAAUAGGAGACAACUCCCAUUCAGAAAACGACAAAGAAGCCUCAGGUGAAGACAGCCCAAAGGAUGACUCCAAACCUCCGUAUUCAUAUGCACAACUAAUAGUCCAAGCUAUCACCAUGGCCACGGAUAAACAGCUAACGCUGAAUGGAAUAUACACCCACAUCACCAAGAACUACCCCUACUACAGAACAGCUGAUAAAGGCUGGCAGCUACCAGCCGUUGCAAACCCUCUUCAUCUCCUGGCGGCCCACGCCUCAGCCUCGGCGUCCCUCCCUACCAAGAGGCAGAACGGAGAACUGCAAGACCAACCCGAAUCGAAGAGGGUGAAAACGGAGGAGAAAGGGCAUGGCGACGCAGCAGCCGCCAACAAUAACGGCACCACGGACAGAGCCGGAGAAGGGAGGGUCAGUGAACAGAUCGGGGACAAGUAGCCUUCCCCCCCCACGGUCUGCAUCCUGACCCCUGCUCUCCUGUACGCAUUGAGCCUCACCCCCUUCCACACUGUAACCCCACCCCCUUCCUACCCGGUUAUCAUCUACUCCAAGGUGCCAAAAAGACAAGAGAUGUGGAAACACCUGCAGGACUACAGAAUGUUCAAAACCUCCUCCUCCUCAACCCCCAGUCUUCUUCCAUAUAUUUAAGACCAUGAAAUACGAUGCAAAAACUACAGACCAAAUUGAAAAUGGAAUCAAAGAGUUGCUGAUGACUGUGAAUCCCCGAAGUUUGAGACCCAGAUGGCAAGAAGAAGCACCGGAAGAAAAGCCGAUUUUAAAAAUCCCGAUUUUCCAGAUCAGAAGUGACUUAUUGGACAGGCGAGGAGUUCUGAAACUCCCCAAAGAUGGAACCGAGCCUCAUCCUGGUAGCAUUACAGACAAGCGCUUAACUGUGUGUCGGAUAGAAAAAGCAACCAAGUGAAAUCACCAGUAGUGUAUUCCGCAAAGGGACGUGUGUGUAUGUACGUGUGGACAUUCCCAUCUUCGGCAGCUAGCCUCCAUGUCGACCUACCUAACCCAGUCGUGAGUAGAUAUGCAGUAUUCUGUUGUACAAGUGUAUCUUUGGAUCUUUUUUGAGUGUUUCUCCGUUUCCCAAGGCACAGAUAUUAUCUAGUAAUAAUUAAGAUAACUGAAAGCUAUAAGUGGGGUCUUUAAGAACAUUUAAACAUGAUAUUUUGGGAAGCCUUUUAUUUUUGUUUUUUGUAUGUGGACUCUUUGUUCAGUGAAAUGAAUGUAGUCUCCUCUUUUCCUUUUUAAAGAAAACACUAUCUAUGGAGUGGAUGUUCUUUAUUUCUGCUCAUUCAUGCAAAUGAAAUUUCUUUAUCACUGUACAUCUACAAAUUUUUUUCAUAUUUUACAAAUAUCCUAUGAGAUAAAAAGUAUAUUCCCAUGCGUAUUUGACCAUAUGCUUCAUCGAGCUUGCAUGUUACGGAUCUAGAGACAAUGUACUUGAGCAGAUUAUCUGAAUAUGGAACUGAAGAAAAUUUAGACUGAAUCUACGCUAUAUGAUUCUGACCAGUGCUGCACUUAACCCUCUUCGUCUGUUUUUGUUUUCCGUUUUUAAAUAUUAAUUUGCUCUUUUUUUUUUUUUUUUUCCUCCCCUGUCAUCAUGGGCUGUGUUUAUUACCUUUUGUGUUGAAGUUGGCAGUCUCUUUGCUUGAUUAUUUUAUUCUGUUCAGGCUGCUAAAGUCUAUUCGGAUUGUAUUCUAUGUUACACAAGGAAAAACAAGCGAUAGGUGUUUGUUCUGCUUCAGUGGGUAAAUGCUUUUUUUUUUCUUUUUUUUUUUUUUUUUAUAAAUUUAUUUAAAACACAUAACCUCUUAGUUUGUAUUUCUUUAAGUAAAAACCUGCUGGGCAAAUGCAAACUCAAAA